GCAUGCGCGUGCGCUGGUCGUGUAUCACACGAAGUAUCGAUAAGUGUUAAAGUGUAAAUUACACUCGAGUGUCAAGUGUUUGAGUGUAGAUUUGUGAUCUAUGUGUUUCUAACACGGAUUUUGUUCUUUACACUUCUUGGAGUUUAUUUUUGAUAACUCUUCCUAGAGCCAUCAAAUAUGAGAUGAUUCGACAGUAACGUUAAGAGGUGAUGUAAUAUGGAGGCAUCGUCAUCGGACUACAGCGACGAAGAGGUGGGCGUGCUGGCACGAGGGCAGAAGCUGUGGGUGCGAGGCGUGCGACCACACACCACCUGUGCGGACAUUGUGCGAGCGCUGCAGGACGCACCUGAAGCAGGCAAUGGACUGAGCGAGCAAGGGGAAUGGGUCUUAGCGGAAAGAUGGCGAGGUGUAGAAAGACCUUUGCCUCCAGAUGCACCUGUACUCCACGUCCUAGCCGCUUGGGGAGAUGCAAGGCAUGAGGUAAGGUUAUCACUCCGUCGAUUAUCAAGCGGUGGAGAGGAUGACUCGGGUCGUGAUAGCGACGCCGGCAGUCGAGCCAGUGCGAGACGACGUCGCAAGAAAGGUCUCCGAGCUGCCACGCCACCCCCCAGAGCACGAGAAGACCCAGCAGCCAAACUAGUCUCCAUCAUACAACAUCAAAGCAGAACUAUACAUCAGCAAUUGGACAAGCUAAGAGAGCAAGAAAAAGUAAUCGAUCAUUUGGAAGAUCAAACACACAAGAAUCGAAUGGAAAAACACGGCACUAACUAUUUGCUCGAAUCAUAUCUCAGAGAUCUCGGGCGUUGCAGUGAAGUAAAUGACAGUCAGGCCGGAAACAGCGAUAGUGGUGUCGGCGUCGGCAGCGGUACUCCCCCAAGAAGGCACACCAAACAUAAAUCAAGAAGAGAAAGACAAUUAAUGAGAGAACAUUAUUUUACUAAAGAGUUAACAGACAUUUGUCAAGUCAAUUCAGAAAGAUUAGUACAGACCCACACGGACACGGAUUCAGACGUCUCAGCUGAUGAAUUAUCAAGAAUACGAGAAGAAAUAGAAUUACUAGAGAAGCUCGCGAUCAUUAACAAAAGGUUGCAUCGAGAAGAGGAAUUAGUAGUCCGAUUAACGGCGAAAGUAAAAAGAUAUAUGGAUGAGAAUAAAGCAAACAGUUGCGAAAAUGUAACACAAGUGACAAUGCUCCUAGAUAAAAUAGAAGAAGAGUUGGCGAAUACAGCACAAGAGAUGGAAAGUAAUGCUAUCGAAUUAGAGAGAACAGAUAGAGAAAUCGAGAACAGAAUUAAAUUACUAGAUGAGUUGACUUUAGAAGUGGAAGAAGAAGAAUUACAGAACACGAUACUCGAAAGAAAUCUCAAUGAAGCUUCAUGUCGGCAACCGAUACUGCUCCAUGAAAGCUAUAUACCUGUAUUGGAGCAGGCUAACACCCAACUUGUGUAUGAACCUACAGGUUAUGUUCUAGACACGCUUGUAUGACACAGGGAGCGGUGCAAAAUUUGUCCCAAAGAUGAACUUUGUAAUUACCAUUUAUAUAGAUUUCCAACCCUGAUAGUGAUCAUAAUCCAAAUCAAAAAACGAUCCCCAAAAUUUUGAUCAUGUGUAAAUAUAUUACUUUUAUGGCCUGUCCCACCAAAUUGUUAAUUUACUGAUAACAAUCGAAAGUGUAAAAUAUGUGAAGGAAAUAUUGGAUUUUGUUCCCUUUGUCAGCGACGUUAUUUUUAGCUAUAUAUCCCCUCUAUUGGUCAUUGGUGGGACAGGCCCUUAAAGAUAAUUACAAUAAUUGUUAAAGAUAAUGGUGCUAAAUCUGUGUAUAGCUACUGUAUACCAAUAUUUGUAAGAAUAGUUAAUAUGAUAUAUUUAUAUUUUGUGUCCAAUACCAAAAAUAAUUUACAAAACCACCAAUCAUGUUUUAUUAGUUAGGGCUAGUCAAUUUUGAUCAAGUGACGAAAUAUUCGUUCAGAAAGGGCAAAAAAGCGAAAUUGUAAUGCAAGAAAAUGUUGGAUUUAGUUAAUGUUGAAAUCGCAAGUAUUUGGCCUUCAAGGAGUCUAUCUUUCUCUGUAAAUUAAUAAAAAAAAUACAUGUUUAGCCUUUUUAAAUAAAAAUGUCACUAAACAAUAUUGAGCUAAAAGUUUAUAAAAAUGUAUAAAUAUCCCAAAAAUUGUGUAAACUGAAAACUUGUUGAAUAUGUUUAAUUUUAAAUGUACAUAAAAAAUAAAUGGAUAUAGAUUUA